CGGUAAGAUGAAACGUGUUGCCUUGCAGUUUACACCAUACAGUUGGACAGACUUCAACUGGAAACCCACGUCUAGCCUUAUUAGAUGGUUUGCAACCUUAGGAAUUUUUGUAAUUUUUCUACUAGCUGAAUUAAACACAUUUUACCUGAAGUUUGUAUUGUGGAUACCUCCCGAACAUUAUCUUAAUCUAGGUCGUCUUGUCUUCAUUUUAUUCAUGGGUGCUGCUGCUCUACGAGAAACUUUCCAAUAUUUAGAUGAUCCAGAGCCGAACAAGUUUGGUAGACAGUCCUGGAUGAUGAUAGCAAUUGUCAUCACAGAAUUACUGGUUACUGUUAAGUUUGAUUAUGAAACCAUCACUAAACCACUUCCGAAAACAAUUGCUUAUUUCUGGAUUUUAGGAUUUCUUGGUCUUGUUGGGUAUACAGUAUGGAAGUUUUAUAUUAAGAGGGAUGUGAAAAAUGAUGUGGCCUUAAAACCAAAAACGAGGGUAAAGGAGGACACCAUCAGUGAAACAGAGCCAUAUAUCGUCCGCACCUCUAAUAUUAAUAACAAUGGUGUACAAAAACGCACAAAUACAAGAAAUGGAUCAGCUGAAAAUUAGUAGAUUUUAAGCAAUUUUAGUUUGUUUUUUAAAGUUUCAGUUUGUUUUUAAUGUAAAUGAUAUUGAAAAUGUUAGUCAAAACUGCUUCAUUCCAUUGUUAUAAGGUAUUUAUGGUAAAAUUUUGUUAUUAUCCAAUUUGUUACAUGUUUAAAUAGCUCUAAUUAGAGGAUGCUUUUUGAAGAAAUCUACUUAACGUAGUUUGUUUUAAUUAUGUAAAUUAAAACACAUAUUUUUGCUAUUGGUAUUUUUUUUAAAGAAACUUUUCUUAAAGUUUAAAGUCCUGAUAUAUACUUAUACCAAAUCAAAUACUUUUUUAUUAUUGUAGCCCUUUUAUAUAUAUUGAUAGACUUUAAAGUUGUAGCUAUUUACCAUUUUAAUUUUUGGAUAGUGGAGACGGAUAAUUAUCAGUCAUAAUUAUUAGAUUUCUUUUUAGUGUAUGUUCUAACAACAGUUUUUGUGCAUUCAACAGUCCGUCCAUCUGUAAACUCGCAAAUGUAAGCUCCUAUAUACAUAAUAUAUUAUAGUAAUAUGUUUUCUGCAAGGUCAUUGUCCAAAGGUCAAGGUCAAACUUGAGCUAAGGGUCAAAAGGCAUAUGAUUGGAAUAUAUUUGAAUAACUUAAUGUGAAAUUUAAUCUCAUCCUUUAAAGAACUUUAACUACAUGUAAAUAUUUUCUCAAGUCAAGGUCACUUGGUCACUUGCUAGGUUAGAAAGCAGACAAUAUACAAUUUUGUUAUAAUAAGAUUAAACAGUUAUUUAGUAUAGUUGAUAAUUAACUUAAAAGCAUGUUUUUUUUUCAUGUGUUCAGAGUGGGUAUAUUGUGUGGAAUGAAGCAGGUCAGAAAUCCACUAAGUGUUUGUCCCCUAUGGUUAUAGCUAUGAAACAAUUCCUAAAUAUUUCUCCAGUCAUAAUUCUAUGUGCUAUCAUUUAUAAUGAGAUAUGCAUAUAUACUUUGUUUUCUGUUAGUUGUUUUUAGGUAUAUGUAAAUUUCUAGUUUUACUUUUUAGAUAUAUAUAUAUUAAAGUUGUUAGUGUCUUUUUUAUGGACUUUGUUCACAGUAAUGAGUUUGUUUUCUGUCAUUGCUAUAAUGUAUGCAUUGUUUUUUCCCCUUAUUUUUCUCAGGUUUACUGUUAGAUGGAUUGUUAUAUUUGUGCGAUUUUAAGGAUGUCAUACCUCCAGAUUGGUAAUAUUAAAUUUGAAGAAUAAAAAUAUUAAAUUUGAAGUAUAAAAAAAGAUGUGCAUCAGUGAUUAAGGUCCUUGAUGUGAAAAUUAUUUAGUUAAAUCCUGAUGAAGAUUCGAUAGAACCGAUACCGGUAGAGAAAUAAAUGAAAACUAAACCAGCUCGGGUGUUGAUGUGUUGUACUUCCCAUUUUCUUCUUAUUUUGAUUACUUAAAUUUUGGUAUAGUUAUUGUAGAUGAGAUUCAUACCUUUGAGGUUACAUUCUGGACUAACAAGUACUAUAAAAAAUGUUAAGGUAAAUGCAGGCUGGCCUGGCUCUAUACUGGUGGCAAAGGCUUAUCACUUAUGAUUCCAGCAGGUUACGGGUUAGGUCAUGUGAAGAAGUAGUGCUGUUACCCAAAUAAGAGCUGAGAUCAAGGAUAUUGUGACAGUUUCCUAAUUAAACUUCCUAAUGGUUUGCCAUAAGUACUCAAUAAUGAUUCUUAAUUCUUUUAUAUGAAACUUUUAUUUAUUUAUUUUUUGAACACUAGACAUUAAAAUACAAACUAGUACUUUCUUAAAAGAACCAUAUUGUAUACAUGAAUUAAUUAAGUUAGUUUAUAAAUGUAGUACAUGCUAAGUUUAUACUAAUUUAUUUUAGUUUGAUUGUGUUUGAAGCUGUAAGCUUUUUGAAGCACUCUAAAAUCUGUUCCUGGAACCAACCAGUAAUAAGCAAUGAGUGUAAAGUUUCUUCCUCAAGAAACAAGGCUUGCCCCUUAUGGGAUUUGAACCCACACAGCCAUUAAUUAAUUAGUUAGGCAGAUGUGUGAAUUGUUGUUGUUUUUUUAUCUUCAGAAUUUAAAUAUUAGUUUGGAGGUAUGCUCUUUUUAAUGGGUUAACACUUACUGUUUGUUUCUUUAAUUGAUAUUUACUUAAAUCACUAAAAUGUUGUUCACUAGCUUGUUAAUUAUAACCAGUGGUUUUGCUUUUGUUUUCAUAUAAUAUGCACCUUUUUUGCUAUUGCUUCUUAAUUUCAAAUUUCAUGAGUUUGAAAAAUUAUUUUUUCAAGGUUGCAGAAAAAAGAGCUAACAGUAAUAUAGGGGUUAUUAGUUCUUUCAAGGCAUUUUAAAGAAAUGUCUUACGUUUCAUCAAAGGGUUGAAAAUAUUUCAUGUGGUUCAUUUCAACACCCUUUAAACCUGUAUUAUAAGUUUAAACUUUUGUUGUUUUCAAGAAACAGGCAGUUUUGUAUUUUAAAAUUCUUGACUUUCAAAUUUUUUAAAAUGUUUUGAAAAAUAUUGAAACAUACUCGGUCUGUUAGUUCCCAUUGAAUGACACUUUUGAUUAUCUAUCAGUACUGUGCACCAAUAGAUACAAUAUUAUGUACUCUUAAUUAGUUGAAAUUUAUAGCAAACCAUUAGGUCUAGAUAUGAUAUAUUUGUAAUUAAACACAUGUGAGUUACUGUUGUACAAUGGGAUAAAGUUAACUUGAAUGGUUACAAAAAAUGUGUUUAGCCAAAUCGAUCACAGUUUUGCCAACAAGUCAUUUUGACUGUCAUACAAUUAUUUGAGUGGGAUUUAUUUAAAUGAAAUUUAUUUUUGCUUGGGUUGGAGCAGGUAGGGGUGGGGGCUCAUUUUUAGAUUUUUUAGGAGGGUAAUUACAGAAUUUAAUAGAAAUAGAUUAGUUUUUAAGUGUUAUAUAGACAUUUUUUGUAUUAUAAAUUUACAGUUUCUAUGCAAUAUUUCUGUUGGCAUGUAGUUUUUUUUCUAAAUCCAGAUAUAUUCUUGCAUUUUUCCGUUUUCAGAUUUUAUAUACAUGUUCAACCAGACUUGAUUGAUAUUUAAGAUACAUGUAUUUGUUUUGUAAAAUCUAUUGCUAUAUACAAUGUAUUAUCUGAUAAUAUGUGAUAUAGUGCUAUUUGUAAACAUGAUCGUGCUAUGGACGACAUAAUGAAGAGAAAAUAGUUAAUGUAUUGUUUAUAAAAUAUUCAUUCUCCCACAUGGCUUGAAAUGUCAUAGAGGGAAUCUGGCAUUUAUCUUUCUCCAUAAAUAUGCUCAGUUAAAUUGAGCCACUAAAAUUUUUCAUUUUUUGUAACCUUACAUGUUUAAGGUUUCCAUGUUGAAUAUUAUAUAUAAUGAAUCAAAGUAUAAAUGUAAAUGAUUUAGAAAGUGGAAAAAUGGUGCAUAUUUUACAACAUUGGAGUGUUUAUAAGUUGUUUAUUCACAAGAGUGUCUUGGUGUUUUUUUUUAUGAAUAAAUUUUUUUAAAUGAUUUUGUAAUUACAUGUUAAUUGAAGCUUUACAACAUUUUUUUUUCAUAAAAUAUACCGUAAUUGUAAUCUAAGAAAAAUCUCAAGUGAUCACACAUGAUUGAGAUGUGGCCAAAUAUAAAAAUAGAUUCAUAAAGAAACAGAGUAAUAAAACAAAUUUUUACACUAUCAUGGGAAAAUAAUUUGUAGAAAUGUCCUUUUCCUGAUAUUAAGUAAUUCAGAUAUUAAGGAUGUUAUGAUUUAUGUUGUAUGAUUUAUUGUCAAAGUCCCUCCCUGCCUUGUAGAUUUUAUCAGAAAGUGUUUUGUUUUUUUUUGGGUACUUUUAAGGAGGUAUUUGAUGAUUGUAUUCUGCUCAAACUGCUGAAAUAUUGCGCAUUAGCAUUGUGAAAUUGUUCUGAUAAACCAGAAAUUUAAGAACAGUCUAAAAAUAGAGAAAAAAAAUCAACCAUUGGUCAAGUGUCAACCAAUCAAAUGCUUCAGUCUUAAACUGGUCACCAGUCUCGUAUUUUUAUAAUAAAUUUGAGGCAUAUUCCCAGUGUUUUAUUGACUUUUUUAUAAAAUCGCUAUCUGAUAGUAUAUUUGUGUACCACAAUUAAAUAUAGGGUUCCUAGAAAUAUUGGCUUUACCUCUUUUUCUAGUUUAUUUCCAUACAUCAGUGUUACGCUGAAUUUCAAACAAGCUCAUGGUUCACAUUAUUGAGUGGCCAAGCAUGCAUGAAAAAUUGUGAUAAAGAUCUUAUUUGGGAUUUUACUUAAGAUGGUUUGAUAUUAUUUAACAAUCUGCCUCGGACAUGACUUGUAACCUUAGUGCAAUAACAGGUUAACUCCUGUUAAAUUUAGAAGGACUUAACCAAUUUCUGCACUUAGAUGAGAAUCAUUCUCUUAGGACAAAUUUAGAACAUGUAUACAAAUGUGGUCCAUGUUAAGUAGAACUUGUUGCAUGAUAGGGCAAUGUGUACAUGUAUAAUAUAUGGUAAACAUUCUAGAACAACACAAAAUAGAACAUUUUGUCAUCUUAGUGCAGUAACAGGUUAACUCUUAUUAAAUUUUAUUUGGAGUUAACCUGUUACUGUUUAUUUGGAGUUAACCUGUUACUGUUUAUUUGGAGUUAACCUGUUACUGUUUAUUUGGAGUUAACCUGUUACUGCACUAAGUUAGGGAUUUACGAUAAAUUGGUGUAUUCUGUGAAAUUUCAAUGUAUUUUUGUUAUAAAUAUUAACAUACACUCCCUAAUUCAUACAUAUUUAAAGAAUAGGUAAAUCAAUGGUACAUUUAACAACAUUAAUCAUUUUCAUACACCAGUUUGCCAUUUACAAUGAUUAAAGUUAUUUCAUUCACACACGGAACAUAAAAAGGUAAUAUUUCAACAUUUUCACAAUCACUCAAUCCCAAUAGUCGGAGAUAAUACAGGGUAUUGGAAAUCAGUUGUAGUCAGUAAGUAGACGUGUUGCAUAAUAUGUUACAUUAUAAUGAUUUUAUAAUACUGCAAAAAUGCUUACUUUGAUAAAGAUGGAAACUAUAAUUGAUAAAAUUUAGUAUUUACACCAACCAUGUUUAUAGAUUAUAUAAAUGCCUUGAUUGUUAAAUGUUAAUUACUGUUAUAAAGAUUUAGAUUUAUGAAUUGAGAUACAUGGAUAAUGAUAUUGUGAAAUAGGAAGAAAAAUGUUUAAUUUUUCUCUCUCUUAAAUUGCAGCAGCUUUUGCAAUCAACUCCCUUCUGCACAAAUCUAAGUUUUUACACAUUACUAGAUGUAGUGGAGUUAUAAUAGAGGAAAAAUAUUAUCAUCUUAUAAUAUCAGAGACAUAGAUGUUAUCUAUGUCUCUGAUAAUAUGUAGGAAUUGAUAAUUUUUAUAAUGCUCCUUGUCAUUCAAUUUUUCUCAUUGUUUUUGUCCGUUUUAAAGCAAAAUAUUUGUGCGGUGUUUUGAUAUUAUGUCUAUUUAUCCAACAUUGUGAUGUUUCAUGUUUUCUAGGAAGGAAAAUUUAUAUUGUAUCCAAGCUAAGGCUUUAUUUUUAUAUACCAUGUUGCCUAAAUUUGAACUGUGAAACAUAUAUUUUUACAAUUUUUUGUUUUUCAGUCUGGUGCAAAAAGAAUGUAUUUUAUUCUUUUACUUCAUAUUGGUUACAAUUAUCUUGCACUAAGUCCUGAAUUUCUUUGCACAAAGCACUUGAUUACAUUGUUGUUAAUCCUAUAUACAUGUAUAUCUUUGCACCUAGUCCUUGAUUUGUACGUCCUUAAAUUUUUUGAACCAAGUUCUAGAUUUAGUUAAUCCAUGCCCUAGAUGUUUUGUAUCAAGUCAAAGUGGAACAUUUCUGUUAAGCUUUCUAUAAAUUGUUUUCUUAAAGUCUAUAUUGUUGCUGUUUACUCAAGAUUAAACCCUUAACCUGCUGGAACUUAAAGUCUAUAGCCUUUGUUGCCAGUAUAGAGCCAGACCUGUUUGCACAACCGUGCAGGCUUACUGGCUCUAUACAGUUGGUAUUUCAAGAUCAGUAUUAUGGUAUUGAAAUCCUUUUAUUUUGACAUAGACUGUUUCAAUUUCAAAGCAAGGCAAAUAAAUUAUACAAAUUCAGCAAGUUUAGUGUUAAAUUCUUGUGCUUCUAAGGGAACACAAGUACAUUUGUAUAUCAAGUAUUCAACAUAAAUCUGUGUUAAGUCUGUGAAACAGUGGUAGUGAUAAUUGAUGUCCCGAUAUAUUUUCAUCUUUCUUUUGUAUCUAGAAUACAGGUUUAUGUGUGCCACAAAAUUGCAGUUUUGUUAAAAAAAAAUCUAACUAUCAUGUAAAAUUUGACAGCGUAUGUCAUGUUAUGCUAGUUUUUGGAUUUUUUCACCAAACAUAUUCAGUUUAUUAAAUAAAUGAGUAAGCUAUGUGAAGAUGACUUAGACAUUUAAAGUCAUAUGGUGUCUACGGAUGUUUUUCAUUGUAACUUUGCUACAUUCAAUAGCCAAAAAUAAGUGGAACUAAUGAAAUUGAAAGUGUCUAGUUACCAAAAAAAAAAUCUGUAAAUUUUUUAUUUUUACUCAUUUUUGUUUGUACAUGUAUAUGAAAUGUAAAGACUUUUUGUAUACACAUAAUUUGCUAUCAAAAGUCAGUUUCUUUUAUUGCCAUAAUCUAGGUUGUAUCCCAUUAAAAUCAUAAAUUGUUCUUUUUGUUUAUUAAUAAAUAUACAUCAUUGUUGCAUUGAACGCUUGAAUUACAUUAUUCUUUUACAUGAUCAAUAGAAAAGAAUAUAAGAAACUGAAAUAUUUAAUUUCUGAUAGAAUACUAUACAAUGCUUGUUCUGAUAUUUAUUUCAACUAUUGUGUACAAGUGUGCUACUGUCUUUAUUUCUUAUUCCUGUUUUUAUAGCUUACAUGAUGACUAUCAUAUCAAAAGUAAAUUUUAUGCUUCUAUAUUUACAGUAAUAAAUCAUGUUUACAGGG